AUGUCAAAAAAUAUUGAUGAUGAUCAUGAAGAACGAUAUAAAACAAUUGAAAUCGAAGAAAUACCAGAUGAAGACGACGAACUAUCCGAAGUAAAUAAUCGAUCGAUUGAGCCUAUCGAUUGUAUUCUUACCGAUGAUGAACUUCAACAAGUUCCACGGCAAACUUCAACUAAACCGGCUAUCGUACCUACUGAUGAUAAAAUUUUCUUUCAUGAUACUGUUAUAUCGUCUUAUCAAAAGGCCAUGCUAAAAAUUAUCGACACUGUUGAUGAUCCAAUGAAACCUUCAAAUUCAUCAUCGAAAGACUCACAAAGUCCAUUAGUAACUACAAGCGCUCAACGUCCUGAAGAUGAUCCUAUUGCUUUACGUGCAUUAAAACGUUUUGAACAAAGUAUGAAUGCUGCUAUGGCUACGAAAGGUGGCAACGACGAUGUAAAUGCAUCCAUUGCAAAAGGUAAAUCUUCAUGGUCAGGUACACUAUCAGCUCCAAGAAAAUCGCUUGACAACGUUUUUAAACAUGAUCAAUCGAAUUCGUCUGUAACUGAUGAACAAUCUACAACUAAAAUAGCAUCACCAUUAAUAUCUCCGCGUGACGCUUUUAUUCGACCACGUAAAACAAUUCUCGAUGAUAUUGGCAUCAAUUUAGGUUUGUCAAGAAAUCUAUUUGGUAUGGUUCAAAACAAUUCGACUAAUGAUGAGAACCAUAAAAUUGAAGAACAACAAAUGCCAAUAGCUAUAUUAGAAAAUAACGUACAACAAGCUGUUCCAGGCGAAUCUACGACGACUAAUGAUUCUGAAGGUCAUCAGCAACAAGAAAAUCCACCGGUAAUUAAUUCAUCCAUGGCAAAUGAAAAUGGUUACGGAAAUGCAGCGGAAAAUUUAAAUUCAUUAGUUACUUCAGCCGCCAACGGUUCGUUAAAUACAGUGAUUUCACACCCAUCAACUGAGCAGCAAACGCUGUCUCCUUAUCGCCUUCAACUUGAAGGUCGUCGUCGUUUGAAUACACUCGAGCGUAUGCGUGAUCGCCAUGAAAAUCAUGAAUCCAAUAGUGCAACUCAACAAUUUCAAAACACGUAUACCGUCAAACCUGAAGAAUUACAAGAUCCAAUUAUUCGUCGUGCACUCGAACGUUUCGAUGAGAAGAGCCGUUCAUUGGCACAAACAAAACCAACAAAUUAUGAUGACAUUCAAGAUCCCAUCACACGACGUGCAUUAAUUAGACUUGAAACAAACUUAAAGCGUACUAUUCCACCGAAUCCAGCAGCCACAUUACCAGUAACAAAUAAUGAUUCAAAUGAAGCAUGGUAUACCAAUAGUUAUACACUUGGUUCAUUGCAAACACAUAAUGAUAGUCGUCCAAUGCGUUAUCCUGAUUCAGCAGUACCUCUGGCAUCAUUGAAUAGACCAGCUCACGUUUCUGUACAUCAACGAUUUUGUUCAACAUCAUCCGCCGAUAUGUCAGAGCCAUCUACAAAUAGUCAAAAUUCAAAUAAUGAUCAUGACAUACCAAUCAUGCGUGUGCCAGCACAACCGAUUUAUGUUACAUCAAAGAAUCAUCACCAACCACUGCCAUCCGGUAGCCUACGUCAACGUGCACAUUCAGAAGAUAUGCUUUCAUCUAGAGAUAUUACUAUCAACGAAAUCACAAAUCCCGAUAUGAAUAAUACAGUUCAACUCCAACGGAAUCAUUCGUCGGAUCAACUUCAAGAACAACAGCCGCAAGAAGUAUUAACAUCAAAUGGAACUGAUUUGCAAACAAAUUCUACAAUAAUUAAAUCUCUUGACCCGAAUUUUGUUCGUACAACCGAAGCAUCUGUUAAUUAUGCAACUCCAACACAAACAUAUUCCGCAUAUAGUUGUGAAUAUACUCGUCCACAUCAAAAUCCAACAGUAACAUCUCCUAAAAUAGAAGCAUCGUCGCCUAGAAAUUAUCAACCAUCAGUUGACAAUGAUGUUCGAUAUUCUAAUGUACCAUCAUCAGCAUUUACACCUGUUCAUCCUUCUACAAAUAAUUAUUAUCCUCCUCCUCCUCCUCCUCCUCCUCCACCUCAACAACAACAACAACAACAAUCACUACCUGCAUCAUCGUAUGCAUCAAUGUAUACAGCGAAUAAUCUUAAUCAAUCAUCUUAUUCUGAUGAUCCCAUUGUUCGUCGAGCAUUAGAACGUUUUAAUUGUCAAAUGCAGAAUAGUCUUAUGACCAUGUCACAAUGUCAACCAAAUACAAACGGUUUGUAUCGUCAAAAUUCGAAUGGUUAUCCACGUCAGUCAAACUUCGAUUCGUUCUAUCCAACUGAUCUUCAACCAAACGAUCCAUGGGCUAAUUUCAAUCGUCCUAUACAACCACCACCAGCAAGUGCAACAACUGGUUAUCAAUCAAUAAUUGGUCGUCGUCGACAACUACGUCACGAUGAUAUUUAUCAUGACACUUCAACUGUUGGCAACGGUUAUUCAUCGUCAACAUUCAUCAAUGGUACUUAUAUGAAUUUUUCAGAUGAACCACCUGCGAUUCCACCACGUUUACAACGUGAUCUAUUUCGAGAACAACAAGAAUAUCUAUGUGAAAACGUUAAUAACAACAACAAUAAUAAUAAUCUCUAUAUGCAACAAGUAUAUCCAACAGGACCCAAUGGUUUUCGACCUAUAAAUCAUUCCUAUAUGCCAUCUGAUUCUUUUCAUCAAUUUCAAGAUGAAGAAUAUUUACGUCAUCGUCCACAAUCAACAUCAAGUACCACAUCAUCAGAUAGUGUUCAUCCAAUACGUUUAAAUAAACAACAGUUACCUCCAACUUUCACACGAACCAAUAUACCACAAAUUAAAAAAAUCUCACCUGAUGAUUCACAAGUACCUUCAGGUCAUACAACACCAAGCAAUGGUAGUACAGCAGAUGAUUCUGUAUUUAAUCGUCUUGCAUAUACAGCUACAAAAUCUUCAUUAUCAAAAUCGAGUUCUAAUCUAUGUGCAAAUUUAUUAAAUAAACCUCCACGACAAGAACAACCUAAACAAAAUAAUCUAAAAACAUAUGAAAUCGAAUAUGAUGAUUCACCAAAUAUUCCAAACAAACAAGAUUCCAUGUCAACAUCAACAAAUCUUACAAAUAAAUGCCAACGUUCAAGAUCAGUUGAUGGUCGUGCACGUUUAAAAAAUGCUCAAGCACGUUGUAAUAAUCACAAUAAUAAUAAUAAUAAUAAUAAUAAUAAUAAUAAUCAUCGUUCAACAAAUGAUUCUGAUGAUAAUACUUCGACAGCUGUUCCAUCAUCGAAAUUCACACCAGCAAGUACUCGUCGUGAUGCACCACCACCACGUAUUCCUGUUACACCUCGAACAGUGCAUAAUGAUCGAACACCAUUAACAAAACGUGUAGCCAGUGGACAUAAUUUAGCAUAUACAAGAAAUGCAAAUGGAAUGCGUGUGCGAAAUUCUCAUGGAAAUUUAAUGGAUACCGAUAAUGAUGAAAAUCUAGCCUUUCAUGAUCAUUAUCAACCUAAAAUAAUUGAUAAUAAAUCACGUACAUCGAUUCCUACUCAUCGUUAUGCAACAAAUCACAUUCAAUCAUCAGCGUCAACAUCAUCUGUUACUAGUACAAUAUCUCGAAACAAAGUUUCCAUACUAGGAAGUCUGGAUAAAAAAGAUUCCAAUGCAUCUGGUACCGAUCUUCACAGAUCUACGAAACGUCCCGAAGAAAAUCGUCUUGUUUCUCCUGCGGGUCAACGACGAAAUGUUCCUGUUUCAGUUUUUUCAUCAGCUAAACAUGAAAACAAACGUCCUGUUCCAUCAUCAUCUACUAGUCCAACUAACGAUUCUGGUUCAAUAAAUAAUGAUGAAUCACCACUAGAACCACAACAUCAAAAUUCCUAUUCGUCUCAAUCAACAGGUGAUAGUAGUUAUCCUACUAUGAACAAUGGUCAUGAGAUGAAUACUAAACUUUCUCCAAUGAACCCAGCAUUGAAAACAUCUACAGGAAAUAUUUUAGAUGAACUUGCAUUGACACACGAUAAACAUGAUUCUAGCAAAAAGAUGAACGUUUUUGAAAGACUCUUUCGAGGCCAUAAGAAGAAAGUUUAA